AUGGGUAUUCCAAGUCACAACCUCGACGCCCUCGAGCGACGGCGACUCGCGCUCGAAGACAAUAUCACCGAGCUCCAGAAGUCCCUCUACCACUGGCGAACCUGGGAAGCAGAAUACGACGGCCUCCGAGACGAGAUCAACGAACUGAAUGAUAAUGCGACUGCCGAAGCCUUCCUCGCCGUUGCGCGCGAAUGCGGAGGAUCAUUGCUGGAUGAGAGGGAAAUGCAGACCAUCCUACGCACAGAAGCAGGCGUCACGCGAUCCCGUGGCCAGAUCGUCGACCUUCUAGGCAGACGGAUUGAUUAUGUGAAGCAGAAUGUUGCAACGAUAGAGAAGAGGCUCCGAGGGACAGAGAAUGAGCUGUACACACUGGAUUCGAGCGAUCAGGUCCCUGCAGAUAUCACAGGUAGCGCAAAAUUCCCUUUGAGUGAGAUUAUGGAAGAACUCGAUGAGGAUGGGAAUGUGAUCUCCAGCUCGGUCAAUACGCCCGGAGAUCACGCACCGGAGAUACUGGACGCUUUGAAGAAAGCAGGCGUUGAUCAUAUCCCGGGAAGCACCAAACCCAGUGAGAACACCCCUGGGCCGAGCUCUGCAGCGCCCAAGGAAAAGGUAGAUGCAAUGGAUGUGGAUAAGACCACACAGCAGCCUGAGGCGCUUUCUACUGGUCAUGCUUCUGAAUUGAACGAAACCGGUGCGUCUGAAGUGGCUGAGGUGGAUCUGUCGCAACCAGUGUCCCUUGUCACAGCUGAGGAUCGCAAGGAGCCUCCGGUUACCGAUGUCGAUGAGUCUCCUGAUGAAGCAACGCUGCGACGAGAAAUGCUACAAUACGGUAUCCACGAGGUCGGCGCGAUUGUAGCGGAGCUGGAGCUGGACGAGGACGGAAGCGAAUUCUCUGUCUCUGACGACGAGCUCGACGUAGGCACAGAAGAGGAGGAUGAAGAUGAAUUUGGCCGCUCGCAUCUCGAGCUGUCUGAUGAGUACCAUCGGCAGAUGCGGGAGUUGGAAGCCAAACUGAAUGCUCGAGGAAUGUUCAAUAUGGGCAAAGACACUCAGACGUUCCCAGAGGAAGUCAGGCAGGAGAUUGAGAAUUCUGCGACAGAACCUGCUGGAGCGAAUGAGAAGGCGGAUGGCUUUGCGAAGGGCAAGAAGCUGAAGAAGAAAGUUGCAUUUGCCGACGAUCUUGAUAUCGCCCCAUCAGCUGAGCUUGCCGCAGCAGAGAAGAAGAGCCUUCCGCCCAAAGCAAACAUUCCAGUCCUCUCUGAUGCCAUCGUUGAACGUACAGAGCGGCCGCAGGAGCCUCAGCCAGUCCCAUCCAAUGGCCCCAGGAGGGUCUCGCGGUUCAAGAGCACUCGAGCAGCCGAUCCGGCUGACAACGCGGGAGGACCUUCCACCAAACCCACACCUUCCCAAUCAUCCUCUCAAUCUUCCGAGGCUCCGACUAUUCGAACACAAACCAACACCAUUCCCUCCACAACAACCCCUGAUCUAUUCCCUGCAACCCCUAAAGAACCAAAGCCGUUCUCCACGCCAAUCGCAGAUGUCCCUGUUGGGCCAUCAGCUCCCAGGCCACCCGAGGGCCGAACCUUGGCUGACAAGCUGGUUGAGCGAGAAAUCACCCCCGGACAUGCUGCAGCUCCUGAACCAGAUGAGCUGAACGAAGAGAUGCACCGCCGCGAGAUCGCUUCUGAGUUUUACAGAAUGCGGAACAGCAAGAUUCAACAACAAGGUGGCUUUGUCGAAGACGAGGAGCCAGAGUUCGUACCUAUUGAAGAACCACUCAAGCGGGUAAGCAAGUUCAAAGCUGCUCGGGUACGGUCAUAG